CAUGCAGCAGCUGCAGCCGCGGACCUGCGCGCACCGCUGGAGGCAGUCGAGCUGCAGACCCGCUCGCUGCAACUCCGGCUGAUGUUUGCGGCGGAGAGAAGACAAGAGAGGGGGAGGACAAGGGGAGCUGGGCGGACAUGACAUGUGAGCAAAGUCUGCACAGAUACACCACAGAGUCAAAGUAUGUUAUCAACGGCGCGGCGCUCCACCGGACUUUGCGCAGGUGAACGAGAGAGGACUGGUUGAACACUCUGCGCUGAGUGGGGGAGGCAAAGCCCGCUCCUCAGUCCGUCAGUCAGGUGCAGUCCGUCAGGAAGAGCCGAGCAACUGGGUGAGUAACUAAGCGUCCGGCUGAGACCAACACGCCGCCGCGCACUGACAGCAUCGUGACGGCACUUCCCAGUGACCGCAGAAAGGGACGCAUCGGAUAGGACACCAUGUCAAAGGAGACUCGAGGCAAAGGUUCAGCACGAAAGCACAGUGCCACUCACUGGUGUCUGCAGAAUAUCGCGCAAGAAUCAGUGGAAAGCUCUGACGAAGAGUUCUUUGAUGCCAGAGCAGAUGUUAUAGAAGGGAAGAGUGCCAUUCUGCUGGGCAUGAGUCAGUGGAACUCAAACGACCUGGUGGAGCAGAUCGAAACUCUGGGACACAUGGAGGACCAGUCUCAUGAGGGUCUGUACCAGCUGGGAAGUUCGCGUUGUGCUCCCCAGAGCAGCAUUGAAGGCCUGGAUGAUGUCGAGAGGAAAUGUAAGACCCAUGUGUUGCUCCUCGUGGUGCACGGAGGAAACAUCUUGGACACAGUGGGAGGUGACCCGAGCACAAAGGCUGGUGAUGUGGCCACGCUGGCCUCUGUGCUGGAAAAGGUGACGCGGGCGCAUUUCCAGGCUGCGGCAGAGCACGUAAUGAUCAAGCUGGUGCCGUGUCCUGCCGUGUGUGCUGAAGCCUUCUCCCUGGUGUCCAAUCUGAACCCAUACAGCUACGAUGAGAGCUGUGUAUCCAGCAGUGUUGACCACCUGCCUUUGGCCGCCCUCCCGCUCCUCGCCAUUGUGUCUCCACGCUACCAGGACGCUGUGGCAACUGUCAUAGACCGGGCCAACCAGGUGUACCGCAGCUUCCUACGGUCGGAAGAUGGCCAGGGAUUCACGGGACAGGUUUGCCUGAUGGGUGACUGUGUGGGCGGAGUGCUGUGCUUUGACGCUUUGUGCUUCAGCAACCACCCGAGGCCCGGCAGCCCCAACAACAACAGCAGCAGGAACAACAGCACUGAGAGCCUGAAGGACAACACGGCUCGGCUGAGGGAGUCCAGUCCCACUCUGAGUUCCAGCAAGAGGUUGAGUAAGAGCAACAUUGAUAUUUCCGCUCCUAAUGAGGGCCAGAGCGGCUCGUCGCUCAGCCGCAAGCAGAGUGACUCGUAUGAUGGAGACACCUCGUCCACUGGUCAGCGCAACUUUUUUUCCAGUUUGAUGAAGGACAGUGUGGAGGUGCGUGGUGGCAGCAGCACCAGUCUGGUGCUGAACCCUGGCCGAUUUGACUUUGAGGUGUCAGAUUGCUUCCUGCUUGGCUGUCCUCUGGGACUCGUGCUGGCCAUGAGACGCACGGUGCUGCCAGCUGUUCAGGUGAGUCAGCUUCGUCCAGCCUGUUCUCAGAUCUUCAACCUGUUUUACCCCUCGGAUCCUUCGGCCUCCAGGCUGGAGCCGCUGCUGCAGCCUCUCUUCCACAAGUUGCCUCCGUUUGCUGUGCCGCGCUACCAGCGCUACCCUCUUGGAGAUGGACGCUCUGUCCUCAUAGCCGACAGCAUCCAAGGACAUCCGAGUGUGUUUUUGGAAGGUGAUCAGUCUCAUGGUCAGCAGGCUGAGAUGAAGACUGAAGGAGGAGGUGGAGGAGGCCGUAAAGCCAGCGUGACCAGCGUGGAAAGUGAAAUAUCAAUUUGCUCCAUGAGUCGGCUGGGAGACACCAUCGCCAACAUUUCCAGCAGCUGGUGGGGCUCCAAGAGGCUGGACUAUGCUCUGUACUGCCCCGAUGUGCUCACGGCAUUCCCAACAGUGGCGCUACCACACCUUUUCCACGCCUCCUACUGGGAGUCCACUGAUGUCAUCGCUUUUGUUCUUCAGCAGCUUAUGAGGUGUGACUGUGUGAAGACCCAGGAAGUGGACAACUUGGACUCGGCUUCGUUCUCCCCAUCCAGCCCUCGUGAGAAAUGGCUCAGGAGGAGGACACAUGUGAAAUUAAGGAACGUCACAGCCAACCACAGGGUGAAUGACGUCAUCGCCACCGAGGACGGACUGCAGAUGUUAGUUGGUCGCUUCAUGUACGGCCCUUUGGACAUGGUCACUCUGACUGGAGAAAAGGUCGACAUCCUGGUGAUGACACAACCACAGUCUGGCCGGUGGGUGUAUUUUGACACUGAGGUGACCAACAGCAGUGGCAGGGUCACAUACACCAUACCUAAAAGCAAAAAGCUUGGCCUGGGGGUCUAUCCAGUUAAAAUGGUGGUCAAAGGGGAUCAGACCAAUGCAGAGGCCUAUCUGACUGUGUUGCCAAAGGGGAUGGAGUGUGUGGUCUUCAGCAUCGAUGGAUCAUUUGCAGCCAGUGUGUCCAUCAUGGGUAGCGACCCCAAGGUCCGACCAGGAGCCGUUGAUGUUGUCAGGCACUGGCAGGAUCUCGGGUUCCUUAUCAUCUACAUCACAGGCCGUCCUGACAUGCAGAAGCAGCGUGUGGUUUCAUGGCUCUCGCAGCACAAUUUCCCCCAUGGGAUGAUCUUCUUUUCUGAAGGCCUGGUACACGAUCCCCUGCGACAGAAGACCAUCUUCCUCAGGAACCUUAUACAGGAGUGCCACAUUAAGAUCAACUCAGCUUAUGGCUCCAUGAAGGACAUCUCUGUUUACAACAUGUUGGGACUCAGCUCCUCACAGAUUUACAUUGUUGGCAGACCUUCGAAGAAGUACCAGAAUCAGUGCCAGUUCCUGAGUGAGGGUUACGCAGCGCACCUCUCCACGCUUCAGUUCGGGCACAGAGCCAGAACCAAGAAAUCCCCGUCAGUUCGUAUGGUCUUAAGGAAAGGGUCGUUCGGUCUCUCGGCAAAGCCCGACUUUCUGUGUAAACGCACACACCUGCGCAGGACCAUGUCGGUCCAGCAGCCCGACCCACCCUGCACACCCAACCCCAAGCCAGAGCGAGCCCAGAGCCAACCAGAAUCAGAUAAGGACCACAGUGGUGGUGGAGGAGGAGGAGGAGCAGCAGGAGGAGGAGGUGGACAAGGGACUUGGGGACGGGCCACCAUACAUCGUGGAGACACUACUCCCUGACAUCAAGAAAGGACUGUUGAAAGCUUUAAGAAGAGGAGAAUCAAUGGGUCUUAGUGUUCAGGGCCAAGAGUCACAUCUGUCUGCUGUACGCUGUGCUGUACGUCGGACCUGUUGGCAUUCCUCACCUCCUGCAUGGUCCUCUACAUUUCACCUAAGCUGACUUUUUUCUUGUGGAUAAUCUCGGAUAAUCUCCUGACUUUGAAACAUUUGCAGCAGUCGGAGAACGUUUUUCGCCAGAGGUUGUGUCAAAUGUCAAAUCAGACUAUCGUAAAUGUGCACAUAAUGUUUUUAUGCACACGUCCCAAAGGAAAGGAGGGAGGCUACUUUUCUCCACACUGAACACGAAUGACCUGACACUCGACUGCACUCUGGUCCCAUUCAGACCAAUGGUGCCGAAAGCCUUUCACAUCGACUGACUCCUACACUAACUCUCUAUGAUGUACACACACACCGCCCCAGCGUGGGCCUCUGGACGCAGAAGCGUUGUGACAUUUUGGGUUAAUCUCAACACUAGUUAUGGACCCUGCAGCGCCUGAGCAUCCAAUUUCUGCCACCAUUUUUCCUUCCACAAUUUGAUGUUUUCUUUUGAGUAGCGACUAGCUUUCUGCGCGCUUUUCCCUCCCUGCCUCUCUCCCUUCAACCAGUCAGGCAGAACAUGCCUCCCGACAGCCACCUCGUUGUUGGUCCGCAGUUGUUGGAGGGAUAUGGCGUACACAGCACAGCUCCCGAGGUCACUUUUGCACUAACAGUCUCAUAGUGCAGAGCCACUGAUUGUUGGGUAUUCUAAGACUGAAAGAUUAAAAGCUUUUAGUCCUACAAAGUUGUUUGACCAAAAAAAAAAGUUUACGUUAGACAGUUGUACAAAGUGGUGUGCUUUUCCACAUAUGGUUAUGUUUAUUUAUUUGGCAGACGCUUUUGUCCAAAGCGACUUACAAUUUAUAACCUAUAGGGCAUGUUGUGAUCUGUGGGGGAAACCGGAGUACCCAGAGGAAACCCACACAUGCAUGGGGAGAACACGCAACUCCACGCAGAAAUUCCGCAGCUGAGUUUCAAAUUUGCAACCUUCUUGCUGCGAGGUAACCGUGCUAACAACUGCGCCACCAUGCAGCAGUGUAAUUAGCUUUAUUAGAAGCACUAGGUUCCUGAGUUGCUGUAGCUUGUAAGAUAUAUAAUAAAAUAGACACCAGGAUGCUUUUCCAUCCAAUAUUACAGCUGCACUGAAACCAAUAUACAGUAUUCAUGCUGAAACCUGACAGUCUUGUGCACUUAAAUCGGUCUUAUGUGGUUCUGUUAAAAAAUCUGUGCAAGUUGAGGAUAUUUUUCUAUGAAGAAAAGUGUAAAUAGAAAUAUUUUCGUUGUAUGUUUUUUUGGAAUUGAUUUAGCCUUAAGUUGUUUUCAACAUGUGGAGAAUCGGCACAGUUUGUUUGAACAAAGUGUCGAUUUUUACCAUGUAUUCGGGACAAGUGUAUUUAUGCUGUUGAUGUUUGAGUUUUACAUACUCUAAACGUGUGUGUAAGUGUGAUUGUGGGUGUGUGCAAAGAAUCAGAGGGGAGGCCAGUGCUGACGUCUCAGCACGUUCUCUCUUAGCUCACUACUGCCGGUUUUUCAGAACAGAAAUGUGAUAAAUUAGGUUUUUAUUUAUUUUAUUAUUUUUUUUUUUUGUGGCUACAGAUUGCAGCAAUGUUGCGGGAUUAGUCAGCUGAGGAUUUCUAAACCGUCUAUGAAAGAACAGAAGAUUAGGAGUUCUUAGGGUGUCUCGUUUUGAAAGGUGGAUUCACUGAGAAACUUAUAUUUCUGUUUUUAAUUAAUAUGAUCAGUUACUCUGAGAUUUAUUUGCAUGAACCACGCAAAAAUAGUCUUCUACCCCAUUACCUGCGUUAGCUGCAGAAAGACAAGCGGGGGAAUGCUUGGGUUAGAAAAAGACGCACAGAUCUGCGUCACACUGUAAGAUUAACAUUCAUGUACUCACCCAUUUAGGCCCUGGGAGGCUGUUGUUGAUUUACAACCAGGAGAGAGCAGAGUGCCUCUCAGCUAGUAGAAGCUAACCAUUAGCAUUAGCAGCUCCACGAUAUGGCAGAACUCCUUCAGGGUUGUGUUUUUAGUGGAGAUUACACAUCAACAUUGAAUUUUUUUACCCAAAAAAGAAGAGCAAACAGCUGUGGAAGAGUCUCGUUGCUGUUAGCCUAUCAUCAUGAAAAUCCUGCCCCCCCCCCACCCCCCCACCCCCCCCCCCCACCCACCCCCACUCCUGCAGCAGGAACCUCAGAGCCUUUUCCCCCAUAGAGAAGGGCUCAAAAAGCAUUCAUCUGCACUAGAGACCGCUGCAAGCUUUCCCUUCUUGCACCCUGUUCGGGUAUUUGAAUGAAGGAUUCUGUAGUUUUCUGAAACUGCAGCUCACUUAUUAGAUUUCUGUGAGAACUGUACAUUGUUGUAAAUCAACUCCGAAACACUGUUUUGCAUUUGUUAGUGCCACACUCUCCUAACAUUCCCGUCGAUGACUGACCAGAGACCUGCCCAGUCGUACGACAAAUGAUGGAUAUUUAAAUACAGCUAAAGAGGAAAAACAUGUAGACACACCUGAGUUAUUAAAUGGCAAAUAAGAAUCUAACGGUUAAUUGUUGUGUGCAUGAUAACUGUUCAGUAUUGUUCAGUAACAGCUAAUGGUUGGCGCUGUUGUGGUAAUGUUGACAAGUGAGUAAUAAAACAUGUAACUACUAAUCACAACGCCAAGAGAAAAGUUUUAAUCAUCACUUGCAUUUAUUUUAAUUAAACAAAUUAUUUUUAAAAGGAUAAAAAUGUGAUUCUAUACAUGACGUAUAAUGAAAUUGGACAUUUUUGUGAUGUUACCUCUUUUGGCUCAAACCUUUAGUUUUAUUUUGCUCUUAACUAAAUACAUAAAAAUGAAUCUUAACAGAAAUACACACAAUACAGGUGAUGUACAUUAUUAAUGUUUUAUCAAAUAUGUAAGUAUUCACACAUCAUGGUUCAACUAUUGGAAGUUGAGAUCAUUUGCCAUUUAUUAACAAUAUGUGACUUCAUUUGGUCCAAGUUUUGAUGCUGAUAGACAAGCUUUUCUGUACAGAUCUCCUGUUUUAAUAACAGUAUUUUAUGUUUACAGCCAGUCCUUCAUGUUGCAUAAAUAAAGAUAUGCCAUUGUUGAAUGAUUCA